AACCUAUCAUUGGGUAAAGUGAUCUCUGACGUGUUUCAUGCCGAUUGGCCGAUUCACGCUUCCACUGUCGUCAGGGGAGGUGCGGUUAUCAUCUCCGCACAGCCAAUCAGAAUCGCGGAAGAAUUGUCCGCCAUUACCUCCGUCAAAACUUAUGAUGACGGAGGUUUUGAGGUACAGAUGUUUUAGCCUGAUUACUUCGAGUUCUCAUAAAAUUGGUGGAAUUGUGUGCAUCGGGGAAAUGCAACAGUGAUUCACGUUACCCAGAAAGGAUACAAGAAAUAAUGUUUAAUAUCCCAUUUCCAAACCCAAAAUCACAUAAAGAUUAAUGUUUACGUUGAAUAAAGGCGUGCGGUAGGCCCCACAGUAAGAGCAGAAUGGACCGGCACACAAAAUUCUUUGGAUAUACUUGUAACAGCAGCACAAGUCAGAGAAUUUACAAGACCAGUUCACAACAGCAGAAAAUGCCUUUCAUCAACAGAGCAUACUUAAUCAUCACCUGCAACUCCAGUUAUCAAUGGAAGCCCAAGAUUAACCCCACCAACAGGCCACCCCUUUUGACAUUAACAGUACUCUACAGCAAGAGAAAAAAACCAGGCUUGUUUUUAUAUUAUAUCAAUUUGAGACAUGCCACAUUUUGUACUUUGUUAGAUUUUUUUUAUACAUCUGAGCAAAUUCCCCAGUGUGUAAAAAAGGAGGGACAUAACAAAUAUGACAAAACAAUCGCAGUUGUUAUUAACACUGAUGAGGCUGAGACAUAAUUUUGAAAUCAAGGACUUGGCAUCAAGAUUUUAUAUUUCAACACAGUGUAUCAGUGAUAUAUUCUGUUCCUGAAUUGACCUUAUGUUGUGUUAGGUUGUGUUUCAAUAUAGUCCUAUAGGAAUGAUAUUAAAAACAUGACAAUUGAAUAAAAGCUCAAUUCCCAACAACCAUCGCUAUCAUUGAUUGUGCAGAAAGGAAAUCACAGAAACCAUCUUCUUUAAAACUGCAGUUACAAAUUAUAAAUUCUGACUACAAAUCAGCUACAACCUAAAGGGGACUUGUGGAUUGUGAUCCUUUAGGGGACACAAUGGAAACUAGCUGUAUGCUAAUUUGUGUUAUCUUGUAUAAAUAAAGGCUAUUAUUAUUAUCA